AUGGAAAUCAGGCUACUGACAUUGUUCACUGACCCGGUGGUGCCGCGAAAUCACCCAAGUCUAUCGUAUAGUGACUCGGGAACCGAGCCCAAGAUCCGGCAGGACCUGUCCAAGGUUCGUGUUUUUCAGGAAUCCAAUCCACACCGAACCUUCGUCAAUGCGCAGGAGACGAAGGUCGGCGAGAGACGUCGCAAGGGCGCUGCGCUGUCUCCGAGUGUUCUACAUGCGGGUGCAGCCGAAAUCGAUUGGGGAUGGGAUUCCUAUUGGUGA